UUCGGAUAGUCGCUUGGUCGCCAUUUUGUUGGAAGAACCCCUCAUUGCGCUAACUUGACAGAUAUCUAACAUUCAUAAUGACAAGCCUCGACUCCCAAACCUCCGAGGGAGAUUCAGACAACAUGAACCCUGAACCAAGAGAGCAAUUUAUUGUCCGUGCCCGUGGGCUGCCUUGGUCAGCAACUGAAGAUGAUGUUGCAACAUUUUUCUCAGGUUGCAACAUUAGAGAUGGCCCAAAAAAUGGUAUUCACUUCACCUACAGUUCUGAUGGACGUCCAAGUGGUGAAUGUUUUGUAGAGCUUGUAUCUCUUGAAGAUAUGGAAAAAGCUUUGAGCAAACGUAACAACUUUAUCGGCAAGAGGUAUGUUGAGGUGUUUGAGUGUAAGAAUGGUGAAAUGGAGUUCACAUGUAAGAGAAUGGGACAACCUCCUGAUCAAAGUCAUGAAACUGUUUUGCGACUCAGAGGACUGCCUUAUAAUUGCUCGAAAGAGGAGAUUGCUCACUUCUUUUCAGGGCUGGAGAUAGUUCCCAAUGGGAUAACAAUCACUCUUGACGAGGACGGGAAGACCACGGGGGAUGCUUUUGUGGAAUUUGCUACUCCUGAUAUAGCUCAGCAGGCUCUGAAAAAAAACAAAGAGACAAUAGGGCACAGAUACAUUGAGAUAUUUAAAAGCAAAAAAACAGAUAUCAAAUACGUAUCUGCCCCAAAACUUAAACCUUUGAUGUCAACCAGACCUGGACCCUAUGACCGAUCAGGAGGCUUUGGUGGGGGACGAGGAAGGUUUGGUGGAGGUGGAAAUGAAAGAAGAUACAGGGGAAGAGGUAACCUUGGAGGUCCAGUCUUUGGUGGUGGUUAUGGUGGUGACUUCAAUGGAUAUGGAGGUGGACGCGGGGGAGGAAGUCGAAGUGGCCGUGGAGGCAGAGGAUCAGGCAGAGGUGGAUUUCGUCAUGGAAGGGGUGGUGGAGGAGGUGGUAACUUUGGAAUGAUGUCAAGCACUGGUCACACUGUUCACAUGCGAGGACUGCCAUAUGCUGCCAAGGAGAGUGAUGUUAAACAGUUCUUUAUGCCUCUUAACCCUGUUAGUGUAUGGAUGGAAUAUGACAAUGGUUCUUUCAAUGGGCAAGUGGAUGUGGACUUUGCAACACAUGAAGAUGCACAAGCGGCUAUGUUGAAAAACAAAUCAUCAAUGGGUCAUCGUUACAUAGAGCUGUUCUUGCGGUCCAAUCCUGAGAGUGGAAACAGCCAGGGGUGGGGUGGCUCAGGAGGAGGGCACAACUUUGGUGGUGGACAUGGUGGUGGAGGUGGUGGUAACUUCAGAGGAGAUAACUUUGGAGGAGGAAAUUUUGGCGGUGGAGGAGGAAAUUUUAAUGAUGGCGGCAACUUUAACAACUUUGGUGGUGGUGGUGGUGGUGGUGGAAAUAGCUUUAACAACCAAGGUAACAUGGGAGGAUUUGGUGGCCAAGGAAACCAGAACACUGGCUUCAACAACCAGCAGCAGCAACAGCAAGGCGGCUUUGGCAAUCAGUUGCAAGGUGGUGGCAGUGGGAAUUUUGGCAACCAAGGCAACACCUUUGGUAACACUGCCUCUGCUGGGUUUGGUUCAGCUCCCAGCAGUGGAAACUUUGCCUCACAGUCUAACUAUGGGCAGAGUACUAACUAUGGUGCAUCAGGUUAUGGAGGGCAGAUGUCAUCAGCAAUGAACACCGGGAUGAAUACAGCAAUGAACACUGGCAUGAACACUGGCAUGAACACUGGCAUGAACACUGGCAUGAAUACAGCUAUGAACACAGCAAUGAACACAGCCAGUUAUGCAACUCCGGCAGCCUUUAGCAAUCCUGCUCAACAGAACACUCCUUUUAAUCAGCAGCAGCAGCAGCAGCAGCAGCAGCAACAACAACAACAGCAACAGACGGCAUAUACAGACAGCUCAGCAUAUGGGGCAUCAGCUGGAGGAUCAUUCUUUGGUGGCAUGCAGACUCAAAUUAAGCAGGAGCCCCAAGCCGCAGCCAACCCAGGCAUGGUGUCUUAUCCUGGAUAUCAGUGAUUUUUUUCUUUUUUUAACUACGAUGACAUACAAAGGACAUUUGCAUAUGUAACCCUUGUGUCGUGUUAGAUCCCUGUAUAUUAUUUUACAAGCUUUAAGUUGCUUGUCACUGAUUUUCAUACCAUGAACAUUACUUUUUUUCCCCUUACUUUACUUAACGUUCAGUUCUACAAAGUAGCUAGCUUGUCAUGUUUUGUGAAAGGCACUCUUUCCUUUUUAUCCAAGAUAUGCCUUUCAAAUCGUAUUUGUUCUAAAAUAUAUACACGUAUGUACUGACUGUAGUAACUUCAUAUAAACCUUUGCCGUGUAUGAGAAAAAGGAAGGAACUUGCCAUGAGUUUCUCAACAUAUUGAAGCUAUUUAUCAGGUUUUCAUUCACUGCAAGGAAAGUAAUGUUAAUAAAAGUAUGUGUGAACUUUUUUUUCAACUUUCUGGGACCCAUAUGGGUUCGUAAUAAAUCGAUUUAUUUACAGCA